UUUCUGGAUAAAAGAAACUAAAGGGACAGCAUUGCCAGUUCCCUUCCCACGAUAUGCAAAGAAUCGUCUCAUUGCUUUGUGUAAGGAAGUUUCAUUCAGCGUGAGAUGUACGACGUGCCAGAAGGGGCUUAACUCACACAUGGAAGCACAGGCCCACUUCAAUGUGCAGUGCAGACAGGGCGCUGCCAGGGCUGAGGCAGAGAAAACAGUGGUGCAGGUCAUGAAACAACUACAAGUGCUGGGCCAGUGCGCUGUGUGUUGCAAACUGUUCCUCCACCAAGGUGAUGUUGAGAGGCAUAAAGAAUUGAGUCAGCACAAUACUGAGGUCAACUGCACCAUGGAAAAGGCAAUUCUGCACUACAGCAAUUUCUAUGAAAUCCAACACGCCAAGAGGGCUGCAGCGACGUCGCGGCCCAAACAGUCAAAAGGUCCUGUAACCCCCUCUCAGAAGAGGGACAAGGAGAGAGGUGAUUCUGUUGGAUCCCCAGCCAAGCGCCAGAGACGCGGGGGAGCUUUGAAUGGCAGCGCUGGGCCCUCAAGGAGUUGCUUGAUAGUUGCGUGGUUUUGUGAGUGUGGUCAGCGCUUUUCAGAGGAGGCCAUGGCCAGCAAGCACCUUUUUGCUGCCAAUCAGAUCUUCCAUCAAUGUGGCGUGUGUGGAAAGCAUAUGGGAGAGUCGUCCAUCACUCGCCUGCACAUGAGCCGUUUUCACGGCGGUGCCCACCUCUCAAACUUCCUCUUCCACUGCCGGCUGUGCAAGGUUGACAUGCCGCGCCACGAGGACAUCCUGUUGCAUGUGUCAGAGGCCCACAGUGGACACACUUACUUCAGGGAGAGAGCGGUAUCAGACGAGGAGCCUGCUCCCAUUCCCUAUGCCAAACCCUCCACCAGUGGCAGACCCAGACCAAGCGCCCUCACUGAUGUCAGGACUAGAACUACAACUCCCACAUCUCCUCCCAAACAGGACGAGAGGUGGAUUUGCAGGAUGUGUGAGGACAUCUUUAACUCGGAGCAAGCUGUGCACAAGCACUGCAGAGAUGUGAGCAACCACAGUUUCCAGAGGUUUGCCUGUGGCCACUGCCCACAGAAGUACUUCAAGGAGGCCACAGUACGCAGGCACUGUAUGAACGAGCACAGCAACCAAAUAGUGACGCGGUACUUCUGUGGGCUCUGUGACAGCAUGGAGUAUGACACUGAGGGGGAGUUCCAAGAGCACUAUAGGGGCCUUCACAGUAAGGACUACUACCGCAUGGGUGAGCCUGAGGUUGAUAGACCCACUGAGGCCGAAAACUACAACUCCAGUCCAUUGGCAACAGCCAGUGAAAGGCAUGAAUGUCUGUGUCCAUGCAUGUCAUCAGAAAAGGACAAAGAUGAAAGGAAGGCUACCUUCACACGAUGCAUGAAGCGGCUAUCCAGUGAAGACAAAUGCAGCUACGUGUGUGCACCAUGCGACGUCCAGGUGUCCUCCUUUGCCCAGAUAAAGACUCAUGUCCACUCUCAACACAAAGCCUUGGGGCUAGAGAAUACCUUUGACGUGGUGUGUGGAUCCUGUCAGGAGAGUCAUAAGGACGUUCCGAGUUUCCAUAACCACUACCACUCCCAGCACUGCCCUCUGGAGCCUUGCUUGAGCUCCAGGGAUGGAGGUGAGAGUCAUACGGGGAAGGUAGCAGCUUCCUCUGCUGUCAAGACACUGGUUGCUGUGGAGAUCAAACCAGAAGUGAAUGAGGAGGAGUUUGAAGAUGUGAAACAUGCCAUUGCUAUGAACUUGGAUGAGGUCAGAGAUGACACUGAAGCUCAUGGAGAUGAAUCUGAUGAGGAGAUGAAGCGUGCCUUGGCUUUAAGUGUGGAAGAAGCAAGAGAGCCAACUGACUUUGAUAUUGCAUUACAUGCUUGAAGAAUAACCUCAGUAGAUGGAGGAAGCACUCAAAAGAAGCCUUCUGGAAUACUGAUCAGUGGAUGUUAUUUUCUGAGAACCUGUCAUUAAUUUGGUUUAUGGCAAUUUAUGUAUUUAGUUUUAUGUGUAACACAUAUCAGCUACUUUCAACAACACUUCAAGACAGGGUUGUACUGAUGUGAUUACACAGUAAUAACUGUAGUAACAACAUUAUUUGUGAACUAUAAAGAUUGAGGCAUACCAUGUAUGCAUCUUUAUCACAUGUUCAGAGCUUUUUAUUUAAUUUAAUAAAGAUGAUCAUUAUUUUCUUUCUCUUUGAUGUUAAAAUUUCAAUCAUCACUGGAUAUUGUCAAAUAAAUUAGCGAUGGUUCCCUCCAAAAAAAUGUAGCAUACUUUUGUGGCACAGUCGAUGCCACGCAUGGCUACAGGCCAGAAGGUUGAGGGUUCGCCGACCACCACGGACGAGCUAACUCUCCCUGCUUAUUACAUUACAGAUCAAAGCCAUCUGCAGACAAUGAUCAGGUAGAAAUCAGAUGUUCAACAUUUUGAUGCUAUAUUAAUAAAUAUAUCAAAUAUAUGCAA